AUGUCCUUCAACGAUUCUCAGUUUGUUCUUCAUUCACAAAUCGAAUCCGAACGUAGAGAGGAGCUGAACACAAAUCCAAAUCAAGAUGAGCAACUCGGUCAACCUUGGAAAGGGGAGAGCGAACUUCUUGGCCUUCCUUGGAAAAAAGCUGAGGAUACUGAAAACUUCCCUGAUAUCGAUACAAUUCUUUGCAAACCGUCUGAAGUAAGGAUACAGACACCUGAAAAGGGAAAUUUCACUGAAAUUGGCAAUUUUCAAGGAUUAGCAACUGCCUGUGAGAAACUGGGUUCUGCCCGUUUACAUCUAGGACAGCAUGAAGAGGCUAUCGAGUAUUUUGCAACAAGCUUAGAAAUUUUCACUCAAUUUGACAAUCACUCAGGAGUGGCAACUAACAAUGGCAAUUUAGGCACUGCCUAUUAUAGUUUAGGAGAGCAUGACAAAGCUAUUGACUAUUUCAAAAAAGGUUUGGAAAUCAGUGCUGCUAUUUGCGACAAGUCAGGAAUAGCAAAAAUUAAUGGCAAACUGGGCAGUGUUUACCUUAGUUUAGGAGAAUAUGAGAAAGCUAUUGACUAUUGCGAAAAAGGCUUGGAAUUGAGUCGUGCUAUUGGUGAUAAGACAGGAAUAGCAACUGGGAAUGGCAAUUUGGGCAAUGCUUACCUUAGUUUCGGAGAGUAUGAGAAAGCUAUUGACUAUUACAAAAAGGGUUUAGAAAUGAGUACGGCUAUUGGGGAUAAGUCAGGCAUAGCAAGAAACAAUGUCAAUUUGGGCAUUGCCUUCCUGAGUUUAGGAGAAUACGUGAAAGCUAUUGAUUACUUGGAAAAAAGUUUAGAAAUGAGUACUGAUAUUGGCGAUAAAUCAGGAAUAACAAGUGCGAAUGCCUGUUUGGGCAGUGCUUAUAGAGGCUUGAGAGAAUAUGAAAAAGCUAUUGACUAUUUUAAAAAAAGUUUAGAGAUGAGUGCUGAUAUUGGCCGGAAGUCAGCAGUUGCCUGUAACAAUAGCAAUUUAGGCGAUGUCUACGUUGAAAUUGGAGAUUAUGAAAAAGCCAUACACUCUUUCAAAACUAGUUUAGAAAUGACUACUGUCAUUGGCGAUAAGUUAGGAAUAGCACAUAAUAAUGGCGGUUUAGGCAUGGCUUAUCUUAAAUUAGGAGAUUAUGAGAAAUCCAUUCACUAUUGCAGAAAAGGUUUGGAAAUGAGUACUUCUAUUGGUCAUAAGUCAGGAAUACCAACAAACACUGGCAAUUUGGCAAAUGCCUACAUUAGUUUAGGAGACUAUGUGAAAGCCAUUGACUAUUGCGAAACAGGCUUGGAAUUGAGUCGUGCUAUUGGCGAUAAGACAGGAAUAGCAUCUGGGAAUGGCAAUUUGGGCAAUACUUACCUUAGUUUCGGAGAGUAUGAGAAAGCUACUGACUAUUACAAAAAAGGUUUAGAAAUGAGUACGGCUAAAGGGGAUAAGUCAGGCAUAGCAACGAACAAUGUCAAUUUGGGCAUCGCCUACGUUAGUUUGGGAGAAUACGUGAAAGCUAUUGAUUACUUCGAAAAAGGUUUGAAAAUCAGUACUGAUAUUGGCGAUAAAUCAGGGAUAGCAGGUGCGAAUAACGGUUUGGGCAUUGCUUAUAGAUUCUUGGGAGAAUAUGAAAAAGCUAUUGAUUAUGAAAAAAAGUGUUUAGAAAUUAGUGUCGCUAUUGGCGAUCAGUUAAAUAUAGCAAUGGUCAAUGGCAAUUUGAGCGAUACUUAUAGAUGUUUAGGACAAUAUGAAAAAUCCAUUGAGCAUUCCAAGAAAAGUUUAGAAAUCAGUACUGCCAUUGGCAAUAAGUCAGGAAUAGGGAAUAGCAAUUGCAUUUUGGGCAAUGCUUACCUUAGCAUUGAAGAAUGCGAGAAAGCUAUUGACUACUACAGAAAGGCAUUAGAAAUUAGUACUGGUAUUAGCGAUAUAUCUGGAAUAGCCAUUCAGAAUGGCAAUUUGGGCAAUGCCUACCUUCGAUUAGGAGAAUAUGAGAAAGCCAUUGACUAUUACAAGAAAGGUUUAGAAAUAAGCAUUACCAUUAAUGAUCCGUCACUCUUAGCAAGUAGUAAAAGUAAUUUGGGAGAUGUACAUCGAUGUUUAGGACAGCAUGAAAGUGCAAUAUCAUGUUUAAUGGAAUCUAUCAGCAUCUUUGACAAAAUAUUUUUAAACUCAGUACCAGACCAAAAUAAGUUGUCAUUCACUAAACAAUACUUUACCGACCAUGUAAUGAUGAUGGGUUGCUUAAUUUCCCUGGGGCGCAUUGAAUCUGCAUUAUUAGUCAUUGACCUCGGAAGGGCUAAAGAACUUCAUUGCUCCAUUGAAAGAAAGAAUAAAUCUUUGAAUACAAAAAUGUUCGAUUAUGCAAAUGCGGGAUGGAAGAGAAUCAAGAACAGUGAAGAAGAGGUAGAAAUAGAAGAAUUACAGAGCAUCCUCCAGGUAAGCAGUAACGAUACUUCCAUUAUAGUAUUUGCUUUCGAUUUGCAAGGUUUUCUCAAUGUUUGGGUGUUAAAUGAAGAAGUAAUCUUUAGAGUAUCAAAAUCAGAAGCACGAUUGGAAACAUUUGUGCAACUGAUAAGUGAAUUAUUCAGAAUGGUGAAUGUGAAUGUUAAUCGGGAUUCUUCGUUUUUCAAACUCGAUUCAAUGGCCAGUAUUCAUGAAAAAUCUAUUCUUCCUUUGGACGUUUUUAAAGAAAAAUCUCCGUCUAAAAUUCUUUUUAAAAAACCUGCUUUUGGACAUGAUGAUUUAAACCAAGACGGUAUUUUGAAAACAUUGUUUAAACUGCUGAUUGACCCUGUAAGCGAUGUGAUUAAAGGCAAUAAGCUUAUAGUUGUUCCUGACAAGCAAUUGUUUUUUGCCCCAUUUUCGUCAUUGAUUGAUGAAAAUGUGCCAUAUUUAUCCCACAGUUACAGCAUUCAAGUUACGCCAUCAUUACACACUCUAAGGUUUAGCAUUGAACGCUCUCAAGAUCUGGGCCUUGGUUUUGCGUUGUUUGUUGGUAAUCCAACCGUUGGAACGGUUUCCUUAAAUGGAAAAGAAUUUUCUCCCCAUGCCCUACCAAAUGCUGCUCGAGAAGUUGAAUGUCUUUCAAAGCUCUUCAAUGCUAGACCCUUAGUGGGGCGUGAAGCUAGAAAACAGGUUGUACUGGAUCUUUUAUCUGGGGCUAGCAUAAUCCAUAUCGCUGCUCACGGUGAACAACUUCGAGGUGAAAUAAUGCUUUCCCCUAACGUUUCCUCGACUCGGCCAACUUCGACUCUUCCUUAUCCAGACGACUACCUUCUCUCACAAAAGGAUAUUAUAAAUACUUCUUUGCUAGCUAGCUUGGUAGUUUUAUGCUGUUGUCAUACUGGGCAAGGUGAGAUUUCUUCCGAAGGUGUCAUAGGUAUUGCUCGGGCAUUUAUUGCAGCCGGCGCUCGCACUGUUCUCGCCACACUAUGGCGUAUUAGUGAUGAUGCCACGAAAGAGUUUAUGGAAGUAUUUUAUCGUGAGUUGUGCCAGGGAACAUCUGUUUGUGAAGCACUAAGAAAAACAAAGAAUCUCUUUCAAAAACACCAAAUCCAGGCUUACCGGUCUUACACAAUCUGGGCCCCAUUUACCAUCUACGGGGAGGACGUGGUUUUUCAGAAACAUGACAUCGAAAAUAUCAGAGAUAAAUCGCGUGACAUGUUCUCUGGUUUUGUUGUAUUACCGUAA